AUGAAGAGAAACCUAAGUGAAAAUUCAACUCGAAGUACAGCAGGCUGUUUGCCUGUACCAUUGUUCAAUCAGAAAAAGAGGAAUAGACAGCCAUUAACAUCCAAUCCACUUACAAAUGAUCCAAGUAUCAGUACUGCUUCUGACAAUUAUGAUUUCCCUCCUCUACCACCAGAUUGGGCCUGGGAAGCUGUGGAUCCAGAGUUGCCUCCUUUAAUGAAAACAAUGAACACAGGGCAAAUACCGCAUUCAGUUUCUCAUCCUCUGAGAAGUCAAGAUUCUGUGUGUAAGUCUAUUCAAUCAAAUACUGAAAGAAGCAAGAGUCAUUGGAGCUACAGGGAUGACAACAAAAAUUCCAGCUGGAAAACUUGGGAUAGAAAUGAUGUUAGGCCUCAGUGCAAAAGAACAAACCUGGUGGCAAAUGAUGGAAUAAAUUCUUGUCCGAGGACCUGGGGAGCUCAACAAGGGAAACAAUUAAGAAUAUCAGAACCUCCUAACUCAUCUCACCAAAGAGAAGCUGAAGUACUCAGACAAACAUAUUCGUCAAAAAUACCUGGCUCCACAAUGAGAGGUCUAGACAAAAACAGUGUGUUACAGGCAUUUAAGCCUAAUUUUCAACAAAAUCAAUUUAAGAAGAAAAUGUUGGAUGAUAUUUCAGAAAAAAGCACUCUCAAGGAAGGCUCAUUGUAUCAGUUAAAGCUUAAGGAAAAAGAUAAUUCUUUAAGAAUUAUAUCUGCAGUUAUUGAAAGCAUGAAGUACUGGUGUGAACAUGCACAGAAAACUGUACUUCUUUUUGAAAUAUUGGCUGUUCUCGAUUCAGCUGUUACACCUGGUCCAUAUUAUUCAAAGACUUUCCUUAUGAGAGAUGGGAAAAAUACUCUGCCUUGUGUAUUUUAUGAAAUAGAUCGUGAACUUCCGAGACUGAUUAGAGGCCGAGUUCAUAGGUGUGUUGGAAACUAUGACCAGAAAAAGAAUAUUUUCAAAUGUGUUUCUGUUAGACCAGCAUCUGUUUCUGAACAAAAAACUUUCCAAACAUUUGUUAAAAUUGUAGAUGCUGAGAUGAGGUAUUAUACUGAUACAACGAAUGAAAUUUAAGUAGUG